AUGAGGUCCCUCAACCCGUUUGCCUUCCGGCCCGGCCCGGUUACUUUCUGGACGACCGCCACUUAUCUCGCCAUUGUGAUCUCCUUGAUCUAUGUCCAGGAAACGUUGCCGCCUGCGCCGUCCGAAAAGGCAUGGCCGCAAGGUGUCAAUUUGACAGACGCAUGGUUGGAUCUGCAAGCUAUUACUAGAUCAUAUCACCCUUACAAUAGCCAUGAGAAUGAUGUAGUUCGCCAAUAUCUUAUGCGUCGGUCCAAGGAGAUUUUGGAGAAGAAUGGCGUCGAAUACACUACAGAUUUAACAGGUGGUGUACCGUGGGAAAGCAGCUACCUGUUGUCGGCUGCGGAUGCACAAAAGACCGACAAAGUUGCGAGCCGGCCUCGCGGAGCUACGCUGUUUGAUGAUCGCAUUUCAAAUGUGACUUAUGCCCAGCGAGAUAACACCAUUGGACAGUACUUUGAGGGCAACAACUUUUACGUGUAUAUUCAUGGCUCUGAGGACCCAGAGGGGGAUUGGUGGACGUCUGACAACCUGAGACGAAAUGCUGGAAGCGGCAGCGGAGUACUUGUGAAUUGUCACUUUGACUCGGUCGCAACUGGCUACGGCGCAACUGAUGAUGGCAUGUCAUGCGUCUCGCUCCUCCAAAUACUUAGCCACUUUACGUCACAUGGUCGUCAACCUAAGAACGGAAUUGUCCUGCUUUUCAAUAAUGCUGAGGAGGAUGGUCUACUUGGAGCACGCGCUUUUGGAUACAGCCCGCUGGUGCAAUUUUGCCAUACCUUUGUGAAUCUGGAGGGAGCUGGAGCCGGAGGACGAGCCAUGCUCUUCCGAACCACGGAUCUGGAAACCGCUGAGGCUUAUUCUACGAGCCCUUAUCCUUUUGGAUCCGUUGUAGCCGCCAAUGCUUUCGAGAGGGGUGUUAUUAAGAGUGGUACGGACUACUCGGUAUUCGUAGAUAACUUUGGCCAGCGAGGUCUCGACAUUGCUUUCUAUUCGCCACGUUCGCGAUACCAUACCGAAGAAGAUGAUGCCAGGCACUCUUCCGUUGACAGCAUUUGGCACAUGUUAUCGGCCGCCCUCGCGUCUACCGAGUCACUUUCGAAGUCUGCGAGCACCCAGUUCAGCGGCCCGCGCUCUGAUGGCAGAAAGGAUCUGGUUCAGAAUGGUCGCCCGACGGCUGGUGUUUGGUUUGAUUGGUAUGGGCGAGGUUGGUCCGCGUUUCCGCUUAGGGGCCUCUUUGCGUGGUCCCUGACCUUGCUUAUCACUACACCGCUUGCCCUGUUCUUAGUAACAUUUUUGCUGGUGCGCCACGAUAAAUGGUAUUUCUUUACUUCGACCGUCGAUUCCGAUUUGGACGAUUACGACGGAAAGGUAUCCGUUGGGGGUUGGAAAGGGUUUGUCCGAUUUCCAUUUGCUCUUGUCGUUGCGGGCGCUUUGACAAUUGGUUCGGUAUAUUUGUUGGCCAAGGUCAACCCACUGAUUAUAUAUAGUAGCGCGUAUUCUGUAUGGGCUAUGAUGAUUUCCUUGUUUUACUUUGUAUCAUGGUUAUUGCUUCGUGGUGCUCAUUUCGUUCGCCCAAGCGCGCUGCAUCGUGGGUUUACCCUCAUGUGGCUCUUUGUCAUUACCUGGGUUCUUUCCAUCUUCGCAGCCGUCGCCGAAGAUCGCAUGAACAUUGGCGCGUUGUACUCGCUCGCCUUCCUGCACACAUUUGUCUUUGCAGCCCUCUUGAUUUCGCUUUUGGAGCAGUUUGCCCUUCCGAGCAAACAGGAUUUCGCCAGGCAGCUAGGCGGCGAAGACGAAGCCGAAGCCGAAGCCGACGCCUUACUAGCCGAUGACGGCGAUGAUGAUGCUCCUGAGCAAGAAAAUGAAGAUGGCGAGGAUGCAAAUAUCGCGCCUACUCCAACGGAGACAACACCACUGAGGACUGGUGAAGAGGGGUAUGGGUCUAACGAGCAAGCCACUACUUUUGCCAGCACCUACCGGAGAUCCAUAUCAGAACCGAAUAAUACAGCCAACGGUGGCGACGAAGUUAAGCGCAGCUUUCCACCCUACGAAAACGAACAAGCAUGGUCUGGCCGAUUGCCAACCUGGACUUGGUUUAUUCAGCUCCUACUGCUCGCUCCAUUGUAUGUUAUCGUGCUGGGCAAUCUUGCGCUAGUACAAACCACGUCAAUGGCUAUGACGGGUACAGACGGUAGCAGCUUGCUUGUUCCGCUCAUGGGAGUUGGCGCCUUGACGAUCCUGCUUCUCCUUCCACUCACACCGUUUAUUCACCGAGUCACCCACCAUGUCCCAGUGUUUCUUCUUUUGGUCUUCAUCGGAACGCUCAUUUACAACUUAGUUGCCUUCCCGUUCUCCGUUAACAACCGCUUUAAGUUUUUCUUCCAGCAAGUCAUCGAUCUGGAUGAAGGCACAAAUGUUGUCAACCUGUUAGGACUUGAAGAUUUCGUGCGACCCGUUAUCAGCUCCCUGCCUACUCCAGCUGGACAGCACAUCAAGUGUACUGGGUCAGCUUUGCGCCAGAGUUUGAAGGAUUGUCAAUACGAUGCAUCGCUGUUGCCCCCAGAUUUGGCACAUGGAGAGAAACUAGAAAAUCUAGUGUCUCUGCGAGCCUCCAAAUCUGCAGAUGGCAAGUCAAUCCUUGUGAGUCUUGACGCACUGAACACUCGGACUUGCUUCCUCGACACGUCGUCCCCAAUCUUUGGCUUUUCUAUAGAUGGUGGCAGUAGGAGAGAUGAACGAUUCGGCUCAUUCCCCCGUGAUGGUCUUCGACACAUCCAACUCUGGAGACGUGACUGGGAAGGCGGUUGGAAUGUAACACUCCACCCAGGCGGAAACGGGUUUUCUACAGACACGAAGGAAGCCACAGUUCAGGAACCCCAGGUCAACAGCCUGGACGACAGCCCCAGCAAUGGCGAGCUCAAGCUUCGAACGGCCGAUGAGUUCUCAGUGGCGGCCAGGUGUCUCUGGUCAGAUGCCAAUAGCGCCAAGACGAUUCCUGCACUUCAUGAAGUGAAGCAGUACAUGCCAACGUGGGCAAUUGUGACGAAGAAGUCGGUUGGCCUUGUGGAGGUGAAGAAGACUGUCAAGGUGACCUAA